AUGGCAAAUGUUCUAUCUGACUUCGUACCCAUGCCGCCGAGCGAGCAUACGGGCAAAACUCUGAUCUGGUUGAUCAUCUUGGUCGUUUCUAGAGGCUAUAUGAACGCGAACAACAUUGUCUAUGGCCACAGAUCCGGUAUCAUUCCUGUUCUCAUCCACGCCUUCGAGUUCCCCCGGGCUUGGGAUUCUCAGUGGUGGCAGUGUCCUCCAAACGGCCUCGACGUGGACAACCAAGCUCUUGGAUACGGGAGCACAGCCCGAACCUCGAUCCAAGCCAGGCUAUGGUGUCGCUACCACCAUGGGCUCGCACGGCCUAUAAGAUGGUGCCUCCAAUCCGUUGGGCUUGGCCCUGUACCUACGGUAGACGAUGGCCAGAUUCAGCCUCCAACUCCAAGACGGUAUACUCCCUACCGCCGCCUAGAGGACCCGAAGAUGCCGCUGGCGGAGUCAGAGCUUUUAGCUGCGAGCUCGGAUGACGAGACGACCAUAUCGGAGCCUCAGCUACUUGUCAUAUACGGGCCCAAUGCUAUCGCAAUCCCGAUGACGGGGAGAGGUUGCGGCCACAGAUCCUGUACCGAAGACGCCGUUUGCAACGAAAUUCUCCACAGCCUAGACCGCAAGCAUAUGUGGACAAUGUGUAACAAUCUGGUCUAUACAAACGCCCUUGUAUAUGGUAUGUCGCUUGCUUUGGAUUGGGGUUGUGCCACUAUAAUUGCCGUUGCAGUCUGGACCGCGAGAUCGAGCUUUGAUAUCCAGCAACACCAGCUAAUCCGCCGCUUCAGUCUGUACGUUCGCGAGGUGGAACAGGCCGCGCGGCAGCUACGUAGGAGUUACUUCGACGACGUCAACUACGGCUACAGCCGUCCUAUCGACAUCUUGAUCCUGAACGGUAAAUCUUGGACAUGGUGCCGUGCAGAGACUGUCCCGUCCAGGGGAAACACUUGGCUGAAGCUCAGCCUUCCAACAAAGAACUUCGUCUUCGCUGUAAGUGACGUUGUCAUCGAACUGUGGACUUUGACGGUACACACGAUACUGCCUUGGCAUUGGGUGGGGCUUAUGGUAAACCUUGCGUACGCUGCAGUUGUCGGCUCUGCUGAUGCCUAUGGGUGGAAAGGAAUGUCGUCGGCUUUUCUUGCGGUGCUAGCCAUUAAGUGCAUCCUUUACGGGUUUGCUCCAGCAGGACACGUGCUUUACAAGUGGAUUUCUGGGGGCACCUGGGUCUUGGCUUGGUAUCUCAUUUUGUUCAAGGCCAUGACCAAUGUGAGUGUACAGUUCCUCGUGCAUGCACUGAUGUCCUGGUUGUUUCCUGAUGCGGAGGUUGAGAGUGUGGUGGACAAUGUCGUUGGCGUUCUUAAUGUCACGACUGAAGCUAGAAUUGAUAAAGAUCUACCGCGUAACAAAUUUGGCCCCGUACGGUCUCGCUUUCAACGAUCCCUCGACAACCGAGUCGCCUUGCCCUGA